UUGAACAGCACCCGCCGGAACUCCGCGCCGGCCAUUCCGCAUUCCGCAUGGCGGGCGCUCGGGCCGGAGCUCCUGCCCCAGCUCCGUUCUUGCAACGAGGGUCUGGAAAGUUGGGACCACUCUGUGGUCCCUCAGACAUCCGAGUUGCAUUGGUUUCUACCUUGCGAGACGUCGAGGAUCAAUUCCUCCAGUGGCUCGAAUGGUUCCGACUCAUUGGGUUUGCGCACCUUUUUCUCUACUUCGACGAUCCGGAUCAGGAUGAGGCGGCCAUUGCUGCAGCUCGCUCGACCUACUCGGGAGAGUUUGUGUCCUUUGCCUUGAACUCGCCGGAGCUCCGGAAGGAGUGGAUGUCCUUGAGGAGCUGGGAGAAGUUUUCGCCCUUCACGGAUGAUCGGAUGUGCAGGCAGCUUCUGAACAUUGCGCAUGCCUUGAAGCGAGCUCGAGAACCAGAUGAGGCGGUGGAUUGGAUGUUCCACUUGGACCAUGACGAGCUCUUCCUACCGCCACCGCACGGGCUGCAGGCUCAUUUCCAGCACUUGGAAGCUGGGAACUGCCGCUUGUGUCUUUACCAGAACUUUGAGGCAGCACCACAAAGCCACACCUUGACACCUUUCCUGGACGUGAGCUACUUCAAGGUCCCCAGUGGUCGAGUGAGCAAGACACCGUUGGGCGCAGCUGGAAUGGAGUUUUGGGCCCAACGCACGAAGGCCCACAACUACUUCCUCUACUAUGACAAUGGCAAAAGUGCCGUGAAGAUCCCGGCGCAAGGCUCUGAAGAUAUCGCACCCACCUCUGUUCAUGUGCUUUACCCACCCAACAACUUCAAGGAAUUCAUUGUGGGGAACAUGGGUUGGACCACCUUCGCCGAGCACGAGUUGUUUGAGAUGAACCUCACCUGGAUGAAAGCAUGCCAUGAUGAGAUAGUCGUUGGUGCCAAGGUGCUCCACUAUCCGGCGACCCACUUCGAGCGCUUGUGGCGCAAGUACCAUCACUUGGGCAACUUCCCUGCCGUGCGCUUCGGGGGCGAGCUGGUGGUUCCCGCCUCCUUCCACUUGGAGGCCCGGGACGAAUACUUGAAGUAUUCGGACAAGACCACGCAACAAGAGAAGCUCAAGGAGCUGCUGGAGCGCGCGGCCUUCCUGAGCGACGAGGAGGUGCAGUCGCAGCUGGAGACCGGCUCGGUGGUCUCCAUCGACACGGUACGGGAGUCGCUGCGGCAGGGCGUUUGGAUUCCGCCCAGGCAGCUGCGCCCGAGCCUCUUCAGCUUACUCCAGCGGCGGCCCAGCAAAGAGGCCAUGGAGCGGAUGCAGCGGAUGAGGCGGAUGCCCGCUGAGGUGCUGUUUGAGGCUGUUGGGCUGCUGAAGAUGGAGAGUCUGGAUCAAGGCUUGCAAAAAGUGGUAGAACAACUGGAGACCAGAGGAUGGGCCGCCUGCCACCUGGGGCUCCAUGGAAAGCUCAUGGACCGGGCCCGUUUGGAGGCCUCCCAGCUGAAGCCCAAGAUGUCCAAGGGCGCCACGGUCAUCGAGAACCGCGUGGUGGACCCCACGGAGUCGCCGAACGCGCUGCGUGGGGAUUGGACCUUGUUCAUGCAGGAGCAGGGGCUGACUGGACCUAAAGGCCCAGCGCCCACCCUGACAAUGUUGGAAAGCGCCCUGACGGAUUUGGGCAUGCAAUUGGACCCCAGGCUGCGGCGAAGCCGGCUGCAGUUGCGCAUCACGGAGCGUUGUGAUGGGAUGUUGGCCUGUUAUGAAGAAGGUGGUGCAUACAGCGCUCAUUUGGACAAUGCAGAUGGAGAUGGACGAGUGGAUGGCCGAGUUUUGACCAUGGUGAUGUACUUGAAUCAGAACUGGGACCGCCGAGCAGGGGGAGAGCUGGCCAUCUUCGAGCCCGAGAAAGGGGAGUUGGGCGAUGAGCAGGUGGAAGGGAAGUGGUACAUGGUCUCUCCAGAGGCGAAUACCUUGGUUCUUCUCCUGGCGGACCGCGUCCUGCAUGAGGUGCGAAGUGCCUAUGCGGAGCGCUAUGCCUUGAGCAUGUGGUUCUGUGGGCAGCACGCGGAGUAUGGCGGGUCCUAAGCACACCGAAUCAAGCAGGUCCUCACCGUCGCCGCGCGGGGUCGGUCCACUCCACUCUGGACGCCGUGGUCUCGGCUGCGGUCGUCGGCCGCGGAGGAAGGAGAGCGAGUACAUCAUGGAAUCGGAAUCCCACCAGUGGAUUCGGCGGAUUUGAGAUGGACUCUGCUCUAGUGACUCUAGUAGUGCUCUAGUAGUGACUCUGGGAUCUGAAAGAAGUGAUGGGGAGGAAAACAUGGCGUGCGUUUGGGCCCUUGCCGAAGGAAGUGCUGCGGUUUGGC